ACUUUGAACUCUACCAACUGUCUUCGUAUCAGUCACAGGUAUCAGUGUAGGGGAAUGCUUAACCUCAAAAUUUGUUUACAAACUUAAUAAUUAUUUAAAUGAGUAUGCGUUUGUGACGAUGCCCUAUGAUAUAUACCCUUGAAAGAUUAACCAAGCGGUGCUGAUUGUAUCAAGUCUGAUAUGAAACGCACGUUAAAGUAAUCAAUCGGCAAGCCACAGCGCAGAAAAAGGAGAAAAAAGUACCAAAUAAAUUGAAGUGUGUGAGCUUAAAGUGAUUUCCAUCACUAAACGUGCACUAACAACCCUUUCAAGGACCUAAACCGCGAGAUAGUGAAAUCAUAAAGGCGCAAUGGCCAACGGCGAACUGCGACGACGAAAGGUUAAAGAGCAGAGUGAAAAGCGGCCGACCAAGAGUAGAACCCGGAAGCCCAGGGGAAUCAGCCCCAGUUCAGUGCAGACCUCACUCAUCUGCCUAUUUGUCAGUGGCACUAUCCUGACUACAUUCAUAGUCCUCUACACAGACGACAUACCAUGGUACAUAGGAAACAGGGUGGUAGACGACUUGGCAAAACGGUUCCUGGGAUAUUACAAGCCAGUACAUGCAGUUGUUAUCGACGCGGGCAGCACAGGGUCCCGGGUGCUCGCCUACACGUUUCACAAGUCGUAUUUCGGGGACAAUUUAGUGCUGGAUAAGGAACUGUUCGAGUACAACAAGCCAGGACUGUCUUCCUUUGCCAACGAUCCGGAAAAGGGAGCGGCCAAAAUAAAAGACCUAUUAGAAUUAGCCAAAAAGGAAAUACCCGAGGAAUACUGGGCGAAGACACCGCUGGUCUUCAAAGCCACCGCAGGCCUGCGAAUUCUGCCCCAAGAACAAGCAGACAAUUUGCUGAACGCGGUUAGAGAGCUGUUUAAGCAAAUGCCCUUCGUAACCGAUAAAGAUGCAGUGGAAAUCAUGGAAGGGGCGCAUGAAGGGAUUUUUUCUUGGUUCACUGUGAACUUUUUACUCAAUCGACUGAACUCGAAUCCGGCGAAUACGGUGGCCGCUUUGGACUUGGGCGGCGGCUCAACCCAGGUGACUUUUGCGGCAGUCACCCCGGCGAGUCUCCAGGAGAAGGAAAACAUCCAUGAGGCGAUAUCGCCCACUGGAUCCAUUCCAGUCUUUACUCACAGCUAUCUGGGCUUGGGACUGAAAGCUGCGCGAAAAGCCGUAAUUUCUUACGGGAAUGGGGAUGAUUUAAAUGUGACCUGCGAUUGUGUCAACACCGUCAUCAAGAACAAGCUAUUUCAGUAUCACGGGAAUGACUACUAUGUGAGCGGUCCUCAAAAGGACUACCCAAUUUCCAUGAAAAUCAUAGACGAUUUAAGUGAAGCAAUGGAGAUUCCGGUGGUGGAUUUCGUAAAGUGCUCGAAAAUGAUCGAGCAAUAUAUACAGGGGUUAUCCAGCCAGCGAAAGCCCCCGGAGGAACUGCCUUUGAAGGCGAUUUUUGCUUUCAGCUACUACUAUGACAAGGCCAGUCAAGCUGGGCUGAUUGAUUUUUACAAAGGGGGACAAGUGAAAGUCGAAGACUUUAAGGUGCAUGCACAAAACAAAUGUCACGAAGCCAACACAGACGAGCCCUUCAUAUGCAUGGACUUAACGUUCAUUUGGCUGCUCCUGGAAAAGGGAUUCGGUCUUAGCUUGGACACGAAAGUCUAUCUCUACAAAAAGAUAUCGGGCCACGAAAUCACGUGGGCUUUGGGGGCAGCGUAUGACGUUUUGACGAAAACCAAAGUGAUUUAGUUCUAUAAAACUCACGAAGCACCAAAGAACACAAACAGUACUCAACCAUUCCACAUAAUUAUUUUGCAUUUAUAUACAGAUAGUUGUUUGAUUAUUAUUUAGGCUGUGCCUUCAAUUAUUCCAUUUUCUCGUUUUUAAUUACGCAAACCUUUCCUUUGUACAAAUUAAAGCAAUAAUGUACGGUUUGAAAUUAA